UCGAACAAAGUUCCUUUGGAAAAUAAUUUAUACAACUUGUACACGAUACAAUGUUUAAGCGAUCGAUCAACCUUUAGUUACUUCUGACUAAGCUUCUGUGAUUAAUUGCCAAAUUUUGUUAUUAUUUGUACUGCCUCAAGAACAACAUUCGGAAGAAAAUUUAUUCGUGUAUUAUUGAACAGGUUACUGAUAAUGAGAAGCCGCAACAGUGAUUCUUAAUUUUAAAAGAAACCCAAAAAGAAAAAUGACAGACAUUAUUGUUGAAAUUAAGAAGUUCAUUUCUGAAUGUUGGACAAGUAUUUUUACAAACGUAUGCGACGCAGUUGUUUACAUAGAUCAUUGCGCUAUUGAGUGCUUGCAUUGGUACACUGCCGGUGAAGGGUACUUAGCAUUGAAAAAUGCUGGAGCAGUUGCAGUUUAUGAGUUUGGCAUGUAUCAUUUUCAAUACGUUCAAGUCAAAGGUACCAAGAAAGCUGUUGUAAUUUCAACAUCUGGCAAUCCAGCAUUUUACCAAAGAACAAUAAAAAUGAUUCUGGCCAAGAAUGUAUUCGAAAGCUGUAUAGUUUAUUGUGGUGCUCCUUGUUGCACUACCAAUCAUUUAGGAACAUUCGGAGGAAUCAAAGAGAAAUUAAAUUAUAAUAAAUUAAAGAGCGACAUCAAGGCUUGGAUGACAUCUGAAAACCUUUCUCAAGAACCUACUGUCAAUAUUAUAUAUAUGCCAAUUUUUCUUGCCCUUUUGAAUAAGGGUCUGUUUGUAACACCUCCUUUUGGUGAUCUCAUGCCACCUUUGGAUGCAAACAUUUCAAACGAUACAUCUACCAAAUUGAAUCUUCUGGCAUAUUCAUUUAUAACUAGCAUUGACCAUAGAAAUCAUUUAUCAGAAACUUCAGAAAUAGGGGUUUCUCUUAUUUUGAUCGACAGAACAUUGGAUCUUUGUACACCUACUAGUAACAAUACGGAAUCUUUCCUCACAAAAAUUUUACGAACAUUUUCUCGUUUGUCGCAUCACGAUAAUGAUAUAGCCAUUGAUAUGUCACCUGUGUUUGGACCAAUAACGGAAGUUUUACAAGCUUGCGAAAUACCAGGAUGUUUAGCAAGUAUAGAAACAGCUAUGAUGGAUCUCUUUAUAUCACAAAAAGAAAAAAAGUUAUUAAGCGUUGCCAAUCAAUUUUUAAACGACAUCCCCUUAACGAAAGAUAGUCCAAAGUUAAGAACGCCAACGAGAAUUUCUGGUCAUAGUUUAGAGAUAGUUCUUAAUAAAAUGAUAACUACAGAUAGUAUUGAUUUUACGAUGAUUCAUAAAGGAAAACUUGAGUGUAUUCUAGCAAUAAUUGAAGCAUCAACGUCACAAAAAGUCGGCCAGCUGGAGUUACUGACUAGUUUAGAGAAAUUAGUUUUGCAAAAUCUUUCCGUCAGUCGAGAAUCAUCGAGUAUACUCAUACAGCUAAGUAAUAUUAUACGAACGCGAAUUCACAAAGGACUUGACAUUGAAAAUUUAUUAGCAUUACUAACACAUGUUUACGCUCUUGCGGGAACACAAAUUCGAUUUUCCACACAGCAAGAACACCAAUUGGAAGAGUCAAUUGCGGAUGCAAUUUUCGAAGACUUUCAAAUUUUAAAAAGAAAUCCAUUAACUAGUACGAAAUCGGCUUAUCAGCGUACUUUAUUACUAUUAGGAGUGAACGAUGUCGCUGUGGCGCGAGAAACUUCCUAUAGGAUUGCAUCGCGUGUCAUCGAUACUCUACGAUUAGUCGCGGAACAACGUUCAAUACUACAAGAUUACAAAUAUUGUAUGCUGAAACCGAGCUCUCAAGAUCCGAUCCGAUGCAUUGGUAUUUUAGAACAAAUAACAAAGGAUAUAUGUUGCGCAGGUGAAGCCCGAGAACUGCGGGAUCUUCAUAAAAAAUCAUCUUCGCUCAUUUCAGCUGGUUUUAAUUUAAUUUUGAGAGGUAAAACAAAACGGUAUCCUCAUGACAAUCCCUACAUUUUAAUAUACAUCGUUGGAGGUAUUACCGCGGAAGAGGCAAAGGUAGUUCAAGAAGUAGUAUCUGUGCACAAUAGCGAGAAAACAUGUAUAAUGUUAGCAGGCUCCAGACUGUUAAAUCCAUUAGAUAUCGUGGAUAAAAUAUUUUUCUGUUAAUCACUGUCUUUA